AUGUACAUUUGCUACAAAUACGAAGAACUGGCAAUAGAAAAUCAGUUGCAGUCUAAGAGUGACUUGGCAAACCUUAAGGAAAACACAAGAAAAACUUCCCUUUCACGCACGGCCUCGUACCCCAAAUUUACAAACUACGCCACAACAGAAUACGGAGAAAAAUACCGCAAAAUUCAAAAUGUGGCCACCGACUCUCCGUCCGCGGCGAUAAAAGGUGCGCAGGCGCCUUUGCAGCCAUCAAUCGCCGCUGAAAACCCGAGGGCGCAAAGCCUCGGCGUGAGCGAGACAGCCAGUAGUGCCAGAGCAUUGUAUGGACGAGUGAUUGCUUUCACAAAGCUGAGAGUAAAAGCGAGCGGUGACGGUGCAGAUGUUCAGCAAGCACUGUCACCAAGAACCUAUAAAAAAAAACAGAAUGUGAGAUCGAGCAAAAAACCUUUCUUAUUCGACAAGCAAGUAACCAAAAGCCAGGGAGUCCUGGACGCUGGGCUUAGUUCGGCGGGAUCCUGCAGUGAUGUCAGCGAAUGCGAUGGACGGGAAGUGUCCCGGCUGUCUCAGGAUAUCGCAGAAGCCUCCUUCUGGGCGUGGUCGUCCUCUUCCUCGGGGUACCAGAGUGGCGUGGGCACUUCGGAAGUUAGUACGGGUGACCCGCCUGCAUCGGACGACUCUUUGACUGCUGAUGAGAUUGGUGACGAUGACAAUGACGAUGACAGCGACUGGGGCGAAGAUGAGUGGCCGCUGGACCGCGCCCUGCCCCUCCCGGAAUGGGGGUGCGAGAGGCCGGAACUCAACUUCGAGAAUCUGGAGAACUACGAAAGGUUCCUGGGUCAAGUGAGCCUCCAUCUUCGCCACGUCCUCUCGGCGCACAGCUAUGAUACCGUCUCCAACUUCAUCCUGUUCAGCAAGGAAUACGUCUUGGCACGAGAAGAGUAUCCGGACCUUGAGGAAUUCUACAGGGACUAUGAUCCUCCAAUCUUACCCGGGCGGUACACGUGUGUAGGCCUGGCCUGUGACCUCACGACUAGACUUUCUGCUCUUGAGAUCCACUAUCCUGGUCUCAAGGAUUCUGUCUACCAGGUAUCGUGUGAGGAGGAGGUAGACAACGCUGAGUGGUACUGCUCCACCGAGGUCCCGCCUGUCAACACUUGCGAGAAGGAGCACGUGUUAGUCUGCGUCCGCAUUCGCGUGUCAGGCCGAGCAGGCGUCCUGCUGCUAGAUCCUGGCUACCACGUCGGCGUCCCAAUCACAGUAAUGGAGGAUGGCCAGGCCCCGCAGACGGGAGCCAUAAUGGCCAACACCGCACGCCCGGAGGUAGUGAGGACCUACCGGUACAAUUACUGGCCCGACAACCCCGCCUUCGUGUCGUGGGAGGUGACGGAGGAGCGGGAGGGGAAGGCGCCUCACCAUCACAUCAGCUUGAUACACAUUGCGCGACCCUUCCUCUCUGGCGUAGACGUCGCGGAGCGCCGCAACCUCGUCUACCCCUUUAAGACGCUCGUUGGACGUGACCAGAAUGGACGCCUUACUUGCGGCCUCUACUUUCCUUUGCGGGAAUGUUCUCGAACCACUGUGACUUUCUUCUAUCACGUCUUCGGAGACCUGCAGCAGCUGAAAGUGCCUCUCGCGCACUUCCUUGAGGGGGACGUCCUGAGUGUCUCAACCGGAGCUCUAGAGGAAAAGGUGAAGGCGGCGGUCUCGGGCGUGGCCAGAGGAACAGGAAGAUCAGCACAAGACGUCCGCUCGUCCUUGGUCGCUGUGGCAAACUUACUACACGACAGCGGACUUGUCAAGCAGCUGGAGGAUCUGAAUGAGGCCAUUAACGAUAUCAGCAAGGAUAAUUAGCCGGCUGUUUUGGGAUGAGGGUUUGAUCUACAUAACGUUUGAAAGAUGGGAAACAUAAUCAGAAAAUUCAACAUCUAGAAAAUUUAGACGACUGUCUAAUCUUUCUGCAUUUUAUUUUUUAAACAGUGUUCUCUGAAUAGGUCUCAGUAGCCACGAUACAGAGAGCAACCUUUGCAUUUACUCCAUUUCCCCCUUUUUUGUUUGGCUCAUGAUAGGGUCAUUUUAAGUACAUUAUUUAGAACUUCAGUAAUGAAACUCAGAUUUUAAUAUCAUAAUUGCUCUGUAAUCUCAUCUUUUGUUAGUUGCUAUCAGGAUGCACAUUAUAUUUCAGUAGUCUCAGCUCUAGAAAAUAGAAAAUGGAACACGUACAGGUAUAUCAAUACGUCAUACUUGUUUUAGUGACAUCGAUUUUUAUUUAGCAGGUAUUCCAGUGGUAAUUUAGUAAGUCAGACCACGGAUUGUAAAAUAAAUUACAGGGAUUGGAAUGGCACCAGAAAAUGGGAAAAGCACGUGAAUAAAAACAAACCAAGUA